UCGACCCUAAGCCGCCGCCGCCAUCGCCAUCGCCAUCGCCAUCGCCAUGCUGCCCUCCAUCGUGCCCCGUAUCCAGCAGAAGGUGCUCGAGCACCAGAUCGUGGCCAGCAGCCCCAAGCUCACGGCCAUGCUCGCGCACCCGGCGGGCCCCUUCACCGUGCACUUCUGGGCGCCCACCAUCAAGUGGGCCAUCUCCCUCGCCAACCUGGCCGACAUGCGGCGCUCGCCCGAGACCAUCUCGGUGGCCCAGCAGACGGCCGUGACGGCCACGGGCCUCAUCUGGUCGCGCUACAGCCUCAUCAUCACGCCCAAGAACUGGAACCUCUUCGCGGUGAACGUCUUCAUGGCCGGCACGGGCCUCGUGCAGUUCUACCGCAAGUUCACGCACGACCCGUCCAAGAAGACGGAGGCCAUCGAGGCCGCCGCCGCCGAGUCGAGCUAAGCAGAUACUAUCUACCUACCCACCUACCUACCUACACUAUACAGUAGCAGAGCAUCACGAACGUCGCUGUCUGUCUGGUUGACUGGCUCACGCUGUACGAACGAACUGCUGCGGGAGCACGUCUAAUGACCUAAAUUGAACGAGCUGGUGACAGCAUUUUUGCUGCGAUUU